AUGUCGUUCUUUGAUCUUGCGAAUAAUCCAACAACUGCAAUUAAAUCGAAAUCGAGUGAAAGGAGCCAAGCAAUCGAUAUUUCCAACUUUCGUCCGAAGAAUAAAAAACCCAUCGGGGUGGAUUGGGAUGUCAAUCCGGGAGAUAUACUAUCAUGGAGUGAUUACAGGGCGACCAAUGUUUAUUUUGUUACUGAUAAGAGACUUCUUCGCAAAAAUCGAGACACGUCUGGUUCUGGCUUUUUGACAAUUCCACUUUCGAUUACACGACUCUUCCCAUCUGCGCUGCAACAUUAUGCCUCAGUAUUGGAGAGUGAAUCUGACCUGAUUUCGGCAAUCGAACUUGCUCCGACGGAUGGGAUUUUUGCUGAAAAAUUCGGAUCGCCAUUGCCCGACACGAUUCGUCAAAGAACGGAUAUUUCAUUCGUAUACAANCAGCUGUAA